CCUCUGCAAAGAAAGCAAAGAAGACCAAAGAACCGGAGGCUCCGAUUUUGUACGAAGACCCUCCGGACAAACUGACCAGUAAAGACGGACGCYAGGCCAACCUGAAGAUCACCUCAUGGAAUGUGGAUGGGCUGAGAGCAUGGGUCAAAAAGAAGGGCUUAGAUUGGGUGCGCGAGGAGGCUCCAGAUGUUUUGUGCCUUCAGGAAACAAAGUGCUCAGAAAAAGCUCUUCCUGCUGAGAUCACCUCGAUGCCUGAGUACCCCCAUAAGUACUGGGCUGUAUCAGAUGACAAGGAGGGGUACAGCGGUGUGGCCAUGUUGUGCAAAACUGAACCCAUUAAAGUGACAUAUGGAAUUGGAAAAGAGGAGCACGACAAGGAAGGCCGCGUCAUAACUGCCGAAUUCCCAAACUUCUACCUUGUGACGGCCUAUGUUCCAAACGCCAGCCGGGGCCUCGUCCGCUUGGAUUACCGCAAAACCUGGGACGUAGACUUCCGAGCUUACCUGAGCGAGCUCGACAUGCAGAAGCCUCUGGUGCUGUGCGGCGACCUCAACGUAGCCCACCAGGAGGUUGACCUGAAGAACCCCAAGGGCAAUAAGAAGAACGCGGGCUUCACCCCAGAGGAGCGCGAAGGCUUCAGCCAGCUGCUGGCGGCCGGUUUUGUUGACAGCUUCCGCGAGCUCUACCCCGAGCAGACCAACGCCUACACGUUCUGGACCUACAUGAUGAAUGCCCGCUCCAAGAACGUAGGCUGGAGGCUGGAUUAUUUCCUGCUGUCGUCCUCCCUUCUGCCCGGCCUAUGUGACAGUAAGAUCCGGAACAAGGCGAUGGGGAGCGACCACUGCCCCAUUACUCUGCACUUAGCUGUGUAGGUCAGCCUGUCCUGUAAUUCCAACUGGUCCCAAGCUGUCRCCCCGCCCCGGUCCUUGUAGUUCAGGUGUUUUUAGUCCUUCCUUUGAUUUUCAGAUAUAAUACUCCACGUUGUAGCUCAUGUCUAAAGCUUGUGACUCAAACAAUUUCUAAGCUGAUUUUCUAAAAGGAUUUUUCUGUUACUGAAAACUACUGCUGUCAAACUGUCCCAGUCUGUUUAAAAAAAAAAAAAGUUGUAGAACUUGCUUGCAAAUAAAAAUGGAUUUUUUUA